ACUGCCCGAGCCAGUCCCCCGCUCGCCUCCAACCGCGACACACGUACCGUCUACACAGAAAUGAAACUCGUACAAAACCACCAAAACUCAUAAACGCGUACCCAAAAACAUGUACUAAAAACAUCCUCGAAAAUUGUUAAAAAAACACCCUUCGUAACAUAAGAAAUGAAAGUGAAAACUACAGUGCACUGACCGAGCCAACAUGUUGAGCGAAAAUAGAUGGAAAGUUAUACUGCUAGUAGUGGCGUCUGUGGCCGCUGUCGAGCCGAGCCGGGCGCUCAGCCUAGUCUACCAGAAACCGUAUAAAAACGUCAUGUUUGUGCCCAAAAAUUUGUACCGGAGAACCAGAGCGAGACAGUCCAGAGUCCUAUUUCUAGAUGAAGACGAAAACCACCAGCCGUUCGGCAAGGGUGAAAUUGAUUUGACUCAGGACAAGAACUACUCUAAAAUCAAGUUCGAUGAUCAACCUGAUUAUGAAUUCACAUCUCCCGAAGAAGGAUCAGAAUUGAAGAAGUUAAACGAAGACCUACCUUCGGGGAAUGAAAGGUUUUACGAACCUUUGCCUCGUUUUCGACCUUACUCGAACCAUCCUCACUAUUACCAAGGCCGUUUUGGCAGGACUUAUGCUCCCAACUAUGCCUUCGACUACCCAGUCGCUCCCUUCGCUCCGUCUGUCAGAAACGGCUUCUACCCUGGAUGGAAGCCAAGGAGUCCUCGUGUAGUCUUUCCUUAUGCGUCAGAAAGUGUUAACUCAGUGCAGACGAAUUCUCACGCGGGACCUGGUGGAUUUAAUGAUAAUGUGGUGUUUCGUGAUCAGAAUUUCGGUUUGAAUGACGUUGGUGAUGAACAGGCUCUGCAGGACAUUGGAACUGGCAGUGGUGAUGGAUUUGCUGAGAGGGAUGCCAACGCACCACAGCGAGCUCAAACCACAGACUAUAAAAUUAAAAGAAAAAAGCACACGUUAGAAAAACCUAUGUUUAUACAAACUGAUGUGCGAACACCCUUGAAAAGAGGCGACUUGUACGAAUUCCCAAACGUGACAAACAGAUUGGCAGAUUUGCCCAAAUUCAAACCGAUUUCCGACGAGCAAAUGCUCAAAAUCAACGAAAUACUCGACAGUUUGCCUUCUAGACUACCGAAAAGAAAAGGGCGAGUGUUGACCAACCCUCAAACGGCUAUAAAAACGCCAGUAUUGGCUACAGAAACGGUCGUACAGUCAAACGACAGACAAGAUGGAAAACGAUGUCCUCAGGGAGGGACAUGCGAGUUUUUUUUCUACUGUUGGAUGGUCGGAGGCUUGUUAGAAGGCUCUUGUGGAAGCCUUUUGAAAGGAUGCUGUCACAGAGUGGCUAAAGCCGGGAUCUUGGGUGUACAGGACUCGAAUAGUCUUGACGUGAGCAGUGAAGGGUUGAGUUACGGACCCGUGGUCAAUGAUGAAAGCUGUGGCAUUGCAGUAAGCAAGCAGACGGCACAGAGGCGUAUCGUCGGCGGCGAUGACGCGGGCUUCGGUACCUUCCCCUGGCAAGCCUAUAUCAGGAUAGGAUCCUCAAGAUGCAACAUGUUAAUGUCGAUUUUCGAGCUUAUUGGUUGGAAGCAGUGUUGGAUAGAGAGAUGCGGAGGUUCGCUCAUAUCCCGUCGCCACGUGGUGACAGCCGGUCAUUGCGUUGCGCGCGCGCAGCCACGCCACGUACGCGUGACAUUAGGAGACUAUGUCAUCAACUCUGCAGCCGAACCUUUGCCUGCUUAUACGUUUGGCGUGAGGACUAUAAAAGUGCAUCCUCUCUUCAAGUUCACGCCUCAGGCUGAUCGGUUUGACGUGGCUGUGCUGACGUUGGAUCGCAAUGUGCAUUAUAUGCCGCAUAUAGCCCCAAUCUGCUUACCGGAGCGCGGUUCCGACUUCCUGGGGCAGUACGGCUGGGCGGCCGGUUGGGGCGCGCUGAGCCCCGGCUCACGGCUGCGCCCACGCACCCUGCAGGCGGUGGACGUGCCGGUACUGGAUAAUAGGGUCUGCGAGAGGUGGCAUCGGGCUAAUGGUAUAAACGUGGUAAUAUACCCUGAAAUGCUUUGCGCUGGCUACCGAGGCGGCGGCAAAGACUCCUGCCAGGGCGACAGUGGGGGGCCCCUGAUGCUGGAGAGGUCAGGCCGCUGGUACCUCAUCGGCGUGGUCUCCGCAGGCUACUCCUGUGCCAGUAGAGGCCAGCCUGGGAUCUACCAUCGAGUGGCUCACACGGUAGACUGGAUAUCCCACGCUACUACGCUGUCAUAGCAUCGAUAGAAGUGAAUAUCGAUAAUCGAUAAGACUUUGAGUGCUUCUCUACUGAGUGAGUUGCGUUUCUGGAAUUUUCUGUGUCAAUUUUUUUGUGGAGUUGAUUUUUAGAUAACUUUUAACCUCUUGAAUGCCGUUAAUUAGAGAACAAUAAAAUAU